GCCUAGCGGGUCAUAGAGGUUCGCCGAUGAUGCAUUCUUCGAUCAGUUCACAUUGCGCACUCGACCCGGUAGGACGCGCGACCGCAAAGCCAAGGUUGAGUGAAUAUUUACCCAGUCGUCUGCACGGGAAUCGAGAAUGUUAUCGAGCGAUGUAGUAUAAUUUAUACGUGUCGUACAAUCAUCGAUCUGUGACGUGGUUUAGCAAUAAAGUUAAAACGGAAUAGUGCGUUGUGACGUGACUGUGAGAUUGUUUUGAUAUUCAGGGUGGAAGUUGAUUACAGAACAAACUGUUUAUGUGAAACGUGUCGUUCGUGCCGUACUUCAUUGAUUUAAUGUGUGCCGAAUACGAAGUGGACCAACGUCAACAAAACGAAAUUGAAUUAUUGUGUCCAAAAUUCAAUUGAUCCCUUUGGUUCAAGUUCUCGCGAUCAAGUUGACGAUCGAAAGAGUGAUUGCGAAAACGGCGCAAGUUUAUUAAGACAUCAGCCCAAACUGACAGCGCAAAAGACAACAUGGUGAUUGUGCAAUCGAACGUGAUCAACUCGAGCGGUGGCGGUGGACAGCUCGGCAUGGACUGGGACAUUAACGAUCCCAGUGUACCGAUCGUGACGGAGUCAGACUACGAUGCAUUUAACGAGUGGAGUGAUGGCCACUGUCGCUACAUCUAUCGAGGCACGAGCGAAGAGGCAAAGCGCCAUUCGUCCGGCUGGGCGAUGCGCAACACCAACAACCACAACGUGAACAUCCUGAAGAAAAGCUGCCUGGGAGUGUUGGUCUGCUCGGCCGGCUGUAUCCUGCCGAACGGGGACAAAAUCCAUCUCCGGCCGGCCAUAUGCGAUAAGGCGCGGCGCAAACAGCAAGGCAAGGCGUGUCCCAACAGGUUAUGCAUUGGAGGUAUUUUGGAAAUUCUUCCAUGCCGAGGACAUUGCGGCUACCCGGUGACACACUUCUGGCGCCACACGCCACAUGCGAUAUUUUUCCAAGCCAAAGGAGUCCAUGACCAUCCGCGCCCCGAGGCGAAGUCAUCUGGUGAGACACGUCGUGUGUUGGGACUUGGACGGCGUGAGCGAGUACUUCGGACAGUGCAAUCAAAAAUGAACAAGAUUAAUGGGAUUAAACAGUCCAGGAAGUCUUCAAAGCAGCAUUACACCAUCGCAAAAGCAACGAGCUACAGUUCCAUCUCCUCAAAUGAAGUCGUCAAGUCGCCGGACUCGUCCUUCGAAGACAGCAACUAUCAGAUGGAUUAUCUGACUGGAUCGUCUGCCCCUAACGGCUGUACCUAUAAUGUAAACCACCAUCCUCUAGUACAACAACAGACGCACCCGAUUCAGCAACAACAGCCACUACAAUGUCCACAGAACCCGCCACAAGAUUACACACAAAACUGCUUUUACGAUACUAACUUCAUCCAUCCGGAGGAAAUCUUCCAACUGGACCAACCGCUGCGACCAAUAGCCAGUUCCGGCAACAUUAAGUACCAGCCACAGCAGCAUCCAAGUGGCUCACCCACCGGUAACAUGUUCGAUCUGGACCUUGGAGCAGACGGCAAGUCCUCCUACAGCGGUAAAAGUGACCAAUUUUCCACCUACCGUGGACCAGAGUACGCCACCACCGGCAUUGGACGGUACUUUGACUGCGUCAAGUACGAAAGCAAUACUGAUACGGACACGGCCAGCCUUACCAGCAGCGGGUGCUCCAGCGUGCUCGACGAUAUUGCGUACUACGCAAGUCCGCAGGUCGAUUAUCAGAACAACAACCACACCAAUAACAACUCCCUUGCACAACUGGACAUGAACAAGAUCGGGCUACGUGCGUGCGAUGGCAUCAAUUCGUUCUUUAUUAGCCAAUCAAGUUGCGUGUCACCGACGACUAAUGAUCACAAGUCGUCUGACCCGGGCCAGCACACUCAUCAGCAGCAACUGGACGCGUACGGGACACUAAGCUACGAGAAUUACAGUGCGUCUUCCUCCCCGAAUGCGUCCCAGCUGUACGGGAGCUACGACACGACGGUCGGACAACCUUUGGGCCAAUCGUUGACUCAUACCUCCACCUCGCCCCACUCGACCGAUGGACGGAUGGUGCCGACGACUCAGAUGGUUGGUGCUGCUACCAUGUCUUCUUGUGACAUGUCCCCUCAGCAGCAGCAGCAGCAGCAGCAUCAACAGCAGUGUAAUAGCACGGUGGGUUCAAUGAGUGAGACAACGACAGCGGACAAUGGUUGCUGGUGGAAUAAUAGCUUCUUCCAGACAACGUUGGGGACAUCUGCGAGCGGCACGGAUGGAUGGAACCAGGCGUAUCACGAAAGCACGGUACCCGUCGGCAAUCAUAACCACCACCAGCAGCAGCAGCAACAGUUAGACCAGCAAUACUACGGUCUAGAGCAGUGUGAAUAUCUCAGCUAGAUGGGGUAAACAACCCUCCUUUGUAGAUAGCGUUAGAAGAUGAUCUCUUAUGUUGUCGACAUUGUUACUCUACUUGCAUUUAGUGUGAGGCUCGAUAGGUGACCUGUCACUGCGUUAAUCAUUCCGUACUGAUCUAUUCAUUUUGUGUUAGUCGUUAAGCAUUGUCGCAUUUCUGUUCUUAGACUAAGGGGAGCAAUCGGCUUCGAUGAAACGUAAAUCAAAGUACCAAGGUAGAAUGUCUUAGUAUAAUUUUAGUGUGUUUUUUAUACAUAUAAUGCUAGAUCUAGCACAAGGGACUUUUUUUAUCUCUCUAACAUGCUCUCCAAGGAGUCACACCUACCACACAUUCACCACCGGCCUCACAGUCUGAUAUUUUUUGUGGAACACUUUAGCCUCCGAAGACAAGGGUCAGGGCAACGGUGAAUGGACGCACCAGUGUUUCGAAGAAUGGCUGAUUAGUUUUGUAAGGGUUUGUUUUGUUGAAACAGUUCUAGUCACUGGAGUAUCGAUUAUAUUUGUGAAAAUAAAUAAA